UUGACUUUGUUUACAAAAUACAAAUCGAAUUCCGUCUUCAAUUUUCCAAAUUGCUUUCCUGUUUUUAACUAUAAAUUAAAUUAAAUAACAAAAGAAACUUGAGAAAUAAAAAUUAUGAAACGUGUUUUCGUGUACACAAGUAAAACGAAGAAUGAAGGAAAACUUAUGGCCGUGGAAGACGCGUUUAAAGACUUCCUGAAGUCUAUCGCUUUGAAUUUCAACUUGAACCCGGAAAAUCUUAAGUUAUAUUCGUUUAAUGGUUGUGAAAUAAACGACACGAGAGUUAUUAGGGACGACGAGAAGGUUUAUUUAAGUUUAAGAGGUGGAAAUGUGUCAGAAGAAUGUGAUACGAUAGAAAAUUCGUUUGAAAGAUUGCAUGUUUCGGAUGGUGUAGAAAAUGGUUGUAAUGAGAAGAAAGGCGUUGUCUCGGACUGGAUUACGUUAAACGUUGGUGGUAAACAGUUUACAACCUCUCGAUCUACUCUAUUAGUUAAGGAAUCUCUGUCAAUGUUGGCAAGAAUGUUCGCUGAUGACAAUAACGUGUAUCUAAUGAACCCUAGCGCUAAGGAUAAAACAGGAGCGUACUUAAUAGAUAGAAGCCCGGAAUAUUUCGAGCCUAUUUUAAAUUAUUUAAGGCAUGGUGAAGUUAUUUUGGAUAAGCAUGUCAACCCUAAAGGUGUCUUGGAGGAGGCUGUUUUUUAUGGUAUAGACUCAAUGAUACCACAGCUGCAACAGUUAAUUGAAGAGUCAACAAGCCAAAGUGGUAAGAACCACUCGCUCAAUAGGAUGGAUGUGAUAAGGCUCAUAAUCAUGACCCCCACCACAUCAGAACUGAGGUUCCAAGGAGUUAGUUUGGCUGGGGCAGACUUGAAUAGAUUGGACUUGAGGCAUAUCAAUUUUAAGUAUGCAUGUUUGGCUCGAUGCAACCUGAGUGGUGCAAAUCUGUCGCAUUGCUGCUUGGAGAGAGCCGACUUGUCGCACGCCAACCUGGAAGGAGCUCAGCUGCUAGGAGUCAAGGCUCUAUGUGCUAAUAUGGAAGGUGCUCUAUUAAAAGGAUGCAACAUGGAGGAUCCUGCUGGAUCGAGGGCUGUCAUGGAGGGUGUGAAUUUAAAAGGUGCGAACUUAGAAGGUAGCAACAUGGCGGGCGUGAAUUUGCGAGUGGCAACAUUGAAGAAUGCCAACCUUCAGAAUUGCGAUCUCAGAACUGCUGUGCUGGCUGGCGCCGAUUUGGAGUGUUGCGACUUGUCGGGCAGUGAUCUCCACGAAGCCAAUCUGCGUGGAGCUAACCUGAAGGACGCGGCGUUUGAACUGAUGCUGACACCGCUCCACAUGUCACAGACUAUACGAUAAAAUUUAUUUAAAUGCUCGAUAAUUACUUAAAUACCUAGUUAAUUAAUGUGGCGCGUUCUGUUGUACUCAAUCCUUAAACUAAACUAAAAUAACGGUUUACAGUACAACGAUCUUUUCGCACUUGAAUGAUAUUGACAGGGGGUGUUGAACAAAAGCUGCCAGCAAUUAGAUACUACUUAAUUUUAGGGAAUAUGUUGGGAAUAUUUUAAUUUUUUUUUUAAUGAUGUAACCACAAAUUCGCGGUUUUCAGAUUUCUUCCUGUACUUGUGCUAUAAAACCUACCUACCUGCCAAAUU